AUGGAUGAUUUAACAUUAGAUGAAGCGUUGGACGUCGAGGAAAAUUUCUAUGCCGAAGGUUAUAGAGACGGUAAGGAACAGUCGGCUAAGGAGCAGUUUUUAGAGGGUAAAGUGUAUGGUCUCCAGACUGGCUUUCAACGGUUUCUAUUGAUUGGAUAUAUUCAAGGACUCAUUGAAGAAUGGAGGAAAGACGAACGUCCUGGCAUAUCAAACCAUUUAGACCAGCUUGAAAAGUUAGUUACUGAAGUACCGUUGACUAAUGGUGAUGCAGAGGUUGAAAUUUACGAGAAAGCUGUGCUCAAAGCGAGAAACAAGGUGAGAGUUAUAGCCACCAUCACGAAGACUAGCAAUAGGGUGCUGGGUUUGGAUAAUCUUAUUAAGCAGGUUGGGGGAUCUCUACAAGUUUCAGAGAACUUGGACGACAUGUGGUAA